AUGGCUCAGGGCUUGAGGGAGUCGACGAGAGGCCGUUUAGGUCCUGGUGUCUACUUCACGUUCACUGAAGGCCAGGCAAGGCGCAUAGCAGAGGCACGCCAUGGCAAGGAGAAUGCUGACGUCUAUUCCGUGCGUAUUGAUGCCUCGGACAUUCGACAGGUGGCAGAGCAUCCGGCUUGGUGCGGUAUGUCGGCAUUUAGGGAGGUUGUUGUAAGGGGCUCAGCCACGGGACGGAGCGCCAUCCGUCUAGAAGGAGGGGCCCAGUCCACCAUGAAGGACCUGCGGGCGUGGGUUUGCGUGGCAGUUGGCAUUGGGACUUUCGCUGUAUUGAUGUGGGGGGUGCCAUUCAGAGUCAAUGAGGAGAACAUGCGGAACACUCAGGCCGCGGCCCCGACAUCAGAAACACUGCGUAUUGCACUUGUGCGGAUUUCUGCCACAGUGACUUCCAGUUCGACGUUCGUGGCAUUGACACAGAUGUCUACCGCGGUUGCUUCCAGUUCGCAGUUCGUUUACAACAUGGGUUUGGUGCCUUUCUACUAUCAUGUGCUGGCACCGGCACCGGAUCUGAUGCGGCGUGCAUUGACACAGAUUUCUGCCGCGGUGGCUUCCAGUUCGCAGUUCGUUUACAACAUGGGUUUGGUGCCUUUCUACUAUCAUGUGCUGGCACCGGCACCGGAUGUGAUGUGGCGUGCAUGGACACAGAUUUCUGCCGCGGUGGCUUCCAGUUCGCAGUUCGUGUACAACAUGGGUUUGGUGCCUUUCUACUAUCAUGUGCUGGCACCGGCACCGGAUCUGACGUGGCGUGCAUGGACACAGAUUUCUGCCGCGGCGGCUUCCAGUUCGCAGUUCGUGUACAACAUGGGUUGGGUGCCUUUCUACUAUCAUGCGCUGGCACCGGCGCCGGAUCUGAUGUGGCGUGCAUGGACACAGAUUUCUGCCGCGGCGGCUUCCAGUUCGCAGUUCGUGUACAGCAUGGGUUUGGUGCCAUUCUACUAUCACGUGCUGGCACCGGCACCGGAUCUGACGUGGCGUGCAUUGACACAGAUUUCUGCCGCGGCGGCUUCCAGUUCGCAGUUCGUGUACAACAUGGGUUUGGUGCCUUUCUACUAUCAUGUGCUGGCACCGGCACCGGAUGUGAUGUGGCGUGCAUGGACACAGAUUUCUGCCGCGGCGGCUUCCAGUUCGCAGUUCGUGUACAACAUGGGUUUGGUGCCUUUCUACUAUCAUGUGCUGGCACCGGCACCGGAUCUGAUGUGGCGUGCAUGGACACAGAUUUCUGCCGCGGCGGCUUCCAGUUCGCAGUUCGUGUACAACAUGGGUUUGGUGCCUUUCUACUAUCAUGUGCUGGCACCGGCACCGGAUCUGACGUGGCGUGCAUUGACACAGAUUUCUGCCGCGGUGGCUUCCAGUUCGCAGUUCGUGUACAACAUGGGUUUGGUGCCUUUCUACUAUCAUGUGCUGGCACCGGCACCGGAUCUGACGUGGCGUGCAUUGACACAGAUUUCUGCCGCGGUGGCUUCCAGUUCGCAGCUCGUGUACAACAUGGGUUUGGUGCCUUUCUACUAUCAUGUGCUGGCACCGGCGCCGGAUCUGACGUGGCGUGCAUUGACACAGAUUUCUGCCGCGGUGGCUUCCAGUUCGCAGCUCGUGUACAACAUGGGUUUGGUGCCUUUCUACUAUCAUGUGCUGGCACCGGCACCGGAUCUGACGUGGCGUGCAUUGACACAGAUUUCUGCCGCGGUGGCUUCCAGUUCGCAGCUCGUGUACAACAUGGGCUUGGCGCCUAUAUAUUAUGACAUCGUGAUACCGGCAGCGGAAUGUGUCUUCCAGACAGGUGGAGCCUCUUGCCCGGGUACUCGUCAUUGA